AUGGGACAGCAGUUGGAUGACGAGCUUAACAUUUCGAAACGCUGCCAAGGCCGGCAUUAUGUCAGAACGCUACUUGACUCUUUUGAGAUUGAUAGAGCUUCUGACAAGCAUCUAUGUCAUGUGCAUCCUCCUUUAUGGGAAAGCGUUUGGGCAUUUCUACACCGUAAUCCGAUAGGGAGACUUCCUCCAACCGUCCUAACGGGUGUUCUACGGUUUCUAUCCCUAGCGUUGGAUUAUCUACAAACAGAGUGCAAGAUUAUACAUACUGGUUUUUGGCCCGAUACAUACAUCAGUGCCGGUAAUAUCAUUAUCGGUAUUGAGGAUGACUCGGUUUUCAGCGAAUUUGAAGAGAGAGAAAUGCAAAUUCCCGGGCCUAGAAAGGUCGUGGGUCCAGAUGGAAGGACGAUCUAUCUGUGCCAGGACCUCAGAAUGCCGAAACGAAUAGGUCAUCCAAUUCUAUGCGAUCUUGGAUCGGCUGUGCCCGGUGAUAUAGAGCACUCGGAAGACAUUCAACCUAGCUUUUACCGUGCUCCAGAGGUAGUUUUAGGAGUUCCAUGGACAUACAGUGUCGAUAUAUGGAACGUGGGAUGCAUGAUCUGGGACAUUUUCGAGGGAGCCCAUUUAUUUACCGGCUACGACCCGGAGUUCGAACAGUACCGAAGUCGAGCCCAUCUUGCCGAUAUGAUCAAUCUUCUUGGUCCCCCGCCGUCCAGCCUUCUUGAACAAGACAAGGGAAGCACAGCAGCAAAUUCUUUACUGAGGAAUGUCAGUGAGCCAAAUUAUGACCAGUCAUUUUCAUGUCCAAAUUUACUUACCAUUUAUGAGUGUCUAGAUGAAUUCCGCGCUAGAGAUUUAUUGAAAAAUCAUUUUCCCCUUGAGGAAAGAGAAACCACUCUCGAGGGCCAAGACAAAGUGUAG